AUACAUGUAUAGGCAAUAUUUCUUGGCUUUGCAGGUGUGGCUGUAGAAGGUACAGUACUGUGUAGACAUCUUGCAAGCAUGGUGUGAACUGCAGCAAGUGUAGCUGACUUCAAGCACUAGCUAACAAUGCAACUAUGGUAUGCCUACAAUGCACAUGUACAUGUAUGAUCUGGAUAUGGUGCCAAGGGACAUACCAAGGUGAAGAAAUAUAAGAUAAAGUUGAAGGUCAGGCUGAAGUUGAAGUCGCAAGGGUCAAGGUCAAGUCUGGUGGUGGGACGUUUCAUAUAAAAUCCAAGUCUUGUGUCUUUUUUGAAAGAAACAGCACAAGAAAGCAUACAUUUUGAAGACCGGAAGAAAAUCAACAACAUGACAUGGAGUCAGGUCUGUAUGAGUACAAAGUGCUGGGAACACUAAGUGACGUCACUCCAUCAGUCUGUGCAGAGGUCUACAUGGACCUGGAGUAUAGGAAAACAUGGGACAGCUAUGUCAACGAGCUGUAUGAAAGAGAGGUGGAAGGCAAGAAAGUCAUCUACUGGAACGUCAACUUCCCCAUGUUCAUGUCCAACAGAGAUUAUGUGUACAUGCGUGAACUGCGAGAGUUUGACGUGGACUAUGGUCAUGUGUGGGCAGUGUUGGCCCAGAGUACCACGUUAGGAAACGUGCCCGAAAAAGACGGCGUCAUUCGUGUGGACGACUACAAGUGUUCGCUUGUCUUUGCUUCUGAUGGAAAACAAGGAACCAAAGCCUUCAUGUAUUACUAUGACAACCCAAAAGGGAUGAUUCCAACCUUUGUUAUCAACUGGGGAGCCAAGACUGGUGUUCCUGGCUUCCUGACUUCUAUGCAGAAAGCCUGCAGGAACUACCCGGAAUUCUGCAGCAAAAGGAAAACUGCCACGUCAUAACACAGGAACUCACAAACUACUCUCACAUAUAGGGAAGAUUGCACGUAACAAAACUGUGGGUAGAUAGAGGAAAAAUUGAAGGUAGCAAAACUGUUAGAUAGGGGAAAAAUUGAAUGACUUGUGGCUAGAUUGAGGAGAAAAUUGAAGGUAGCAAAAUUGUAUGAGAGAAAACUUGAUGUUGUAAAACUAUGACAAUGUAGUGAAAAUGUUGUGUCCACAUGGAAAAAAUGCUAGAAAAAAUACUAGUAGCUAGAAAAAAUGAAUCAAAAUUGUGUCUACAUAUCGGGAUUAAUCAAUUUACAACAAAUUUCCCUACAUAUUGAAAAAAAUUGAAUGUAGCAAAAUAUGCUCUACUUCCUAUUGAAAAAGUAGCAUAACUGUGUCUGUAUAUUGGAAAAAUGACAUGUAGCAACUUUGUGUCUGUAAUGUUAUAGAUAUAACAUUGAUGUGUAAUUUCUUCUUUUUAUAAAAGUGUGAUGCCAGACUGAAAUUAUUAUUCUUAGUGUUUCUGGCAAUUUUAACAUAUUACAAGAGGCACCAAUUUGAUUUUACGAGUUUCAGAAUAACAGCAACAAUACACCCGUCAACUUCAUCAAGCAACAAAAACAGUUGACGAAUGGCCGGAAAAGUCACACCGUUACGAGCCGUUUCUGUAGAUGUGUUAAGUGAUAUUCUUUCUAUAAUUAAAUUCUAUUUUCCGGUUAUUUUUCCUUGGGUCUUGCAUUGUUUUUUUUAAGGAGUGUCCAACAGGUUGGU